AAUCACUAGAGGGCGAUAUGCAUUAUUUGGGUGAACACCUUGUGCCGCGGUGCAGGAAGUGACGUACGUCGUAAAGAUGGCUGACAGUGGAGCGACAGAUGAACCUGACAAGCAAGUGGACAUAGCGCGCGCAAAGAGCGAAGGCAAAGAGCUGAGCAAAGAGGAGAAGCAGCGGCUGAGGAAAGAGAAGAAACAGCAGAAGAAAAACAAAGAAAAAAAAGAGGACGCAACGUUGCAUCAAAAUGAGACAAAGCCUGCCACUUCUGUUGCUGUUGCUGCUGCUGCUGCUGCCACCGGCGCCGCCGCUCCACCUGCAAAACCACCAGCACAGCAAGCUCCUUCCACAGUGCCUGCCUCCGAGACUGCAGAUAAGCCGACCAAAAGCAAAGCCGAGCUGAAAGCUGAGAGGAGAGCUCGACAAGAGGCCGAGAGGAACUGCAAACAGGGCAAGAAGGGAGAGACGGGCCCCCAGGCCACUGCCCCUUCAAAACCCAAAGUGCCGCAGAGCGAGCUGCAGCCAGUGGUGAAGAGGCUUCCUGAACACAUCCAAGUGGACAACCCUGAUGUUUUAAGGAAAUUGGCCAAGAAGCUGGAAAGACAACAGAUCCCGCUGCGGUCAGACUACGGCCACAGGGUCAGCCUCUUCUCACACCUUCACCAGUAUAGCCGCAAAGCUCCUCUAACGCAGCAAGUCGGCAUUCCCUCCUCGGUCAUUCAUCCUGCUAUUGUUCGACUCGGACUCCAGUACUCGGAGGGCAUCGUCGCAGGAUCCAACGCUCGCUCCGUGGCCUUGCUGCACGCCUUUAAACAGGUGAUAAGGGACUACACCACACCUCUGCAUGAAGAGCUGUCCAGAGACUUGGUUAACAAGUUGAAACCUUACAUCAGCUUUCUGAAUCAAUGUCGCCCUCUGUCGGCCAGCAUGGGCAAUGCAAUCAAAUACAUCAAGAAAGAGAUCUCCAACAUUCCCAGUCAUUGCAAAGAAGAAGUGGCAAAGUGCAAACUGCUCGGCUGCAUUGACAGCUACAUCAAUGAAAAGAUAGUCCUUGCCGCCAAAGCCAUCGCAGAGAUCGCCAUAGAAAAGAUCAGCGACGGCGAUGUCAUCCUCGUCUACGGAUGCUCAUCGCUGGUUAACCACAUUCUGUGCGAGGCCUUCGACAUGGGCAGGAAGUUCCGCGUGAUAGUGGUGGACAGCAGGCCUCGGCUGGAAGGUAGGGAGGCCCUGAGGCGCCUGGUCCAGAGGGGCAUCAGAUGCACCUACGUCCUCAUCUCCGUCGUCUCCUACAUCCUCCCCGAAGUGUCAAAGGUGUUCCUCGGAGCUCACGCGCUGCUCGCCAACGGCUACAUGAUGUCCCGCGUGGGGACGUCGCAAAUAGCUCUGGUGGCCAAAGCCUUCAACGUGCCUGUGCUGGUGUGCUGCGAGACGUACAAGUUCUGUGACAGGGUGCAGACGGACUCCUUCGUGUCCAAUGAACUCGACGACCCUGACGACCUAAUUGUGACGCGAAAGGGGAAGACCCAGCUGGAGCACUGGCAGGAAGUGCCUUCGCUCGGCCUGCUCAACCUGGUCUACGACGUGACGCCGCCAGAUUUCGUGGAUGUGGUCAUCACGGAGCUCGGCAUGAUCCCGUGCACGUCGGUUCCCGUGGUGCUACGCGUAAAAAAUGUCGACCAGUAAACUGCGCGCGCCAGGUUCACGUGCUUUUGGCAUGCGAUAAUAAAUAUAUAUGUACACACAAAAGAAUGGCAUCCGGUGUG